CACGGCUCUCUCUCUCUCUCCAUCUCGAAGAAGACACAUAAACAAAUUAAGCAUUUAUUAAUUGCGCAAACAAAUCAUUGCGCUCAAGAGCAACGGGAUGUGAUCUAUUUUUUUGCUUCGACCAGAUUUCAAAUGGAUUCAACCAACAGUUCGACGGGGUCGAGCUCGUUGGCAUUUGCGGAGAAAAUCUGCGCGGCUAUGAUUCCGAUUAUAGCAAUAAUUGACGCGCUGAUUUUCGCGGUUUCCGGUUGUUUCGAUUGCCGCAGCAAGAAAUUGCGCAAUGGGUACCAGGAGAUUGUUCGUCUCUCUGAGGAAUCUCGAUUUUCUGUAAAUGAAGUGGAGGCAUUGCAUGAGUUGUUUAAGAAGUUGAGCAGUUCGAUUAUUGAUGAUGGAUUGAUUCAUAAGGAAGAGCUUCAGCUCGCAUUGUUUAGAACUGCUUGCGGGCAGAAUCUUUUCUUGGACCGGGUUUUUGAUAUUUUCGAUGAAAAAAGGAAUGGAGUUAUUGAAUUUGAAGAGUUUAUCCAUGCACUUAAUGUGUUCCACCCUUACGCACCUAUGGAAGAGAAAAUAGACUUUGCAUUUAAGCUUUAUGAUCUGAGACGAACAGGGUUCAUCGAGCGAGAAGAAGUCAAGCAGAUGGUGAUUGCAAUACUUAAGGAAUCUGAUAUGGAACUUUCUGACGAACUCCUGGAACAAAUACUCGACAAGACAUUUGCUGAUGCGGAUGCUGAUAAAGAUGGUAAAAUCAAUAAAGAAGAGUGGAAGGAUUUUGCCACACGGCAUCCAUCCCUUCUAAGGAACAUGACUUUACCUUACUUGAAAGACAUAACUACGGCUUUUCCAAGUUUUGUGUUUAACACCGAGGUUGAAGAUUGAGAUACAUAAAAAUCAUUUAUUGGAAUCAUAUUUUGAUUAGAGUUCUCGGUGAAGAGAGAUGAUGAUAAAUCCCAUUAUUGAUGUAUUCUCAACUUGAGUACAACCUGUCAAAGGAGGAAUUUGUGACUCCUGGGACAAGAGCUAAGUUAACAUCAGAUCUCAACAACUUGUACAACCAAUUGAAAAUUUAUGUUUCCUAAUCUAUCUAUGCAUGCAUUUUUUGUGCAUGAGCACUCUUUUCCUAGCAUCCCUAGUCCAGCUUAGGUUGUAGUCAAAGUGCUUCGUGAUGUAUAUAUACAAUAUCUAAACGAAUUUGCUUUAUUCCUAAAUAACUUUAAUUUUUUA